CACACCUGAUGAUCAUCUAAAUUGGUUCAACUUAAAACACUAAACUGUACUUUGAAAAGUCGGUUUAAGUGGUUCCAAGUCUGUGACGUCAAACACAGAUGUUUGAUGUCAAUGCUUUGUAUAAAUGAUUGUGUCAUUUAUUGAGUUAAAAUGAUCAACAUGAUUUGGUUACAGCUUUUCAAAUGCAAAGAUGUGCUCAUUUUCUCUCUUUUUAAUCAUUGCUGUUGAGUAUCUUUACAGCUUUAGCUGACACCAAAUUGGACAUUUUGAACACAAACGAUUUCAUAAAGUAAUUAAAAAAAGAUUAAUUAAUAAUGAAAAUACCGGUUUCUGCUUAAUUUUGCAAGUUUUUGAAACUUAGAAAUCUUUCAAAUGUUACCAGAUUUGGUAUACAGUUAUUAUAUUAACGUCUACAAUAAUUACAGUAAAUUUCUUUCUAUUUGACCCCUGUGGCUUUUAUUAUUACAGCUGACAGAGAGACAGAAGAAGGGAGGGUGGAUUGUAUGUGUGCAUUUCGGUGUUUGUGUGUGUGCGUGUGCCACACCAGAGCCCCAUCUCUGCUAAAUGCUGUUUUCGAAAAUUAUAAUGUUGAUCUCAGCACAUGCCUGCUGGGCAGUGGAGCGAGCAGGUGAGAGAGAGAGGCAGGCUGACAUAGAGAGAGAGAGAGGGAGAGAGAGAGAGAGAAAGGCAGUGAACCACGCUUCAGUCACACAGGUGGCCUAUACAGUACAGGAGCUGCUAAAAAGCAUCUGUGUCUGAGCUGUGUUUCGAUUUGUUCUUUAUAUCCCAACAUCUGUGCUACAGAUUUCUGUAAAAAGCCGUGUUCUGCUGUGAAAAAGAUAAAUAUGUCGGAGUCCAGUCGACACCUCCACCGCCCUCAUCCCUGCGUCUUCUUGUGUGUUUGCUUGUGUAGAGUGUUUAACCUUGGGCCUGUACUUUCUCCAUAGGCUAGAAAUCUUGAAGCAUGGGUGACUGGAGCUUUCUGGGGCGGCUGCUGGAGAACGCUCAGGAGCACUCGACGGUCAUCGGCAAAGUCUGGCUGACUGUCCUCUUCAUCUUCAGGAUCCUGGUGCUGGGGGCGGCGGCCGAAGAGGUCUGGGGCGACGAGCAGUCCGACUUCACCUGUAACACCCAACAGCCCGGUUGCGAGAACGUCUGCUACGAUGAGGCCUUCCCCAUCUCGCACAUCCGCUUCUGGGUGCUGCAGAUCAUCUUCGUGUCCACGCCGACCCUCAUCUACCUGGGCCACGUGCUGCAUAUUGUCCGCAUGGAGGAGAAGCGGAAAGAGAAGGAGGAGGAGAUGCGCCAAAGCAAUAGAUUCCAGGAGGAGAAAGAACUCCUUUAUAGAAACGGUGGCGACGCAGGAGGAGGAGGCGGUAAGAAGGAGAAGCCGCCAAUCAGGGACGAACAUGGUAAAAUCCGUAUCAGAGGGGCAUUGCUGCGUACCUAUGUGUUCAACAUUAUUUUCAAGACCCUGUUUGAAGUGGGAUUCAUUUUGGGCCAAUAUUUCCUCUAUGGCUUCCAGCUGAGGCCCCUGUACAAGUGUGCACGUUGGCCCUGCCCCAACACUGUUGACUGCUUCAUAUCCAGGCCCACUGAAAAGACUAUUUUUAUUAUAUUUAUGCUUGUGGUGGCUUGCGUGUCUCUUUUGCUGAAUUUGUUAGAGAUCUAUCACCUUGGAUGGAAGAAAGUUAAACAGGGCAUGACGAACGAGUUUGCCCCUGACCAUGAGUCACUGCGCCACGUCGACAAUGCAGAGCCCGAGUGUUUGGCCUCGGCCUCCAGAACUGCCCCCUCCAGCCUCAGCUACCCCCCCAACUACACGGAUGUGACGGCGGGCAGCGGGGCGUUCCUGCCGCCCCUGGGGCCUUCAGCCGUGCCCUCAGCGGCGGAGUUCAAGAUGGACGAUCUGCAGCAGGAGGAGUCCCUUCGCCAGGCCUCGCCCUCCGCCCACUACUACAUCAGCACCAACAACAACCACCGGCUGGCCACGCAGCAGAACUGGGCCAACCUGGCCACCGAGCAGCAGACUCGGGAGAUGAAGGCCACCUCCCCCUCCCCAUCCUCCUCUUCCUCCAACGACAAUGACCAGCAGCAGCAGCCCGUCGACGCUGCGCUGCCGCUUCCCACCAGCGACACCAUCAGCAACAUCACCAACUCAACCGCCAACGCUGCCUCCGCCGACAGCAGCCCGGGCGCCGCCUCCAACGCAGACAGCUGGGGAGGAGGAGGGAAGAGCAAGCAGGAGGAAGGAAACAUCACCACCACCACAGUGGAGAUGCACGAGCCUCCGGUCAUGGUCAGCACAGACCCUCGGCGGCUCAGUCGGGCCAGCAAGAGCAGCAGCAUCAGGGCCCGGCCGAGCGACCUGGCUGUCUAAACCUCUCUGGCCCUUUCAUGUCCCUGAACCCUCCCUCAUCAACAACCCCGCUUCCCCACCAAACCCCGGCCCCAAACAUUCUCAGAGUUUAAAAAAAAAAACAGAAAAACUGAAAAAAAAAAUCACUCAGAUGCAGAAAGCGAAAAACAAAAAACAACAAAAAAAGAAAACAAAAAACAUAAGAAGGCAAAGCAACAAGAGACAGGAAAGCAGAAGGCAAAUGUGAAGUGACUAUCAGCAGCAGUCGUUUUCGUGUAGUCGGUGAGUUGCAGACUCAAGGUUAGUUGUAUUUUUAUUUUUAUUAACAGAAAGUGUCAUCAUAGGUCAGAAGGCUCCAUUAACAGCACUGGAUGGAGUAAACGACACUGAAAUCAGAAUUUUACAUCAAAAUGAACAAAUACCAACAACCAGCUUAGAACGAAAGAAAAGUCUCAUGUGUCUCUAUUUUUUUCUUCUUUUGUUCAAUCAAAAGUACAAUUUAUUCCACAUGAAAAUGAUCAUAAGUCAAAACAGUGACUAAAAAACAUGUAGCUGGCAUUGUUGGACAGAUCAGCUAUUCAGUGUGCACCCAAAUAACGUGCUCUGAAUCUUAUUUUUAUCUGAUUUUAAAGUCAAAUCAGCAGCACAACAUGUUAAAAGCUUGUUCCAGACUUUCACCUUUAUCCUGGAGGGUCUUUUUGCUGCAGCAUUUCCUCAGUUUUACUCAAUAUAACUUCUUGAGGAUGCAAUUUUAUCGGCAAAGACUACAUGAAUUGUGUUCCUUGUGGUUGUGCACGCCAGCAUGUGUAGCCCUGCAACUCACCGAUUCACUGAUCAAGUCAAAGGUUGGCCAGCCUGGUUUCAUUCAUGAUCCACCGCAGUACAACCUGCAAAGAUGAAAAAAAAAUACUGCAUUUGAGAUGGAAUGAAAUGACACAAUGCUCCAAAUAAACAGACUUAGGAGCAGCGUGGACGUGAUAUGAGUAAAAACUGCUGGUAGAAGUCAUCCCUGCGAUGGCCGGAAUGCACCCGGAUUUCUCCCAACACUACAUUGUCAGUAACAUAGAGCUCAAAACCAGGAAAACAGAAUCCCUAACACCUUUCUCUGUCAGUGAUGCCUUCAGUCAACAUGUCUGAAACGAAAAAUGCUCUCCACUAACUGCACAAAUGCCAAUAUCUUGCCUUCAAAAAAUAAUAUGCAAAUACAUGGCAGCCACCAUCUGAUAUAAAGAAUACUGUCCUUCAGACAACCUCCCAAUGCUCUGGUUAGAGUUGAAACUGUUUUUAUUUGGAUUGUUGGCAGAUAUCUUUGCCCUAAAAACCCACAACCUAACUUUUUAAUCAUCGCGUCUAAAGAUUGAGAGCAUCUUUGGGAGUUAAAACAUUUUCACUGUCACACACUUCAUGUGCUUCUACAUUGGUUUUAUUCUGAAAAGUGCUAUUUUUUUAAAACUGAAUUGAAUUUUACUCAUAAAUUGCAUACUUGUAAUAGUCAGUUUGUGAUUGCGAAACAGCUAUGAUUAAGAAAAGAAAACGACUGGCGUUGUGCGUAUCAAAAACGCCACGGUGCGGUCAACCUUGACUGCCUCCAUUUUGUUGUGUUCAUCUUGAUUCUUUAGAGAUCUUUUAGAAAAACCCAAACUUUUAACUGAAUUCAUGAGCAGCCACAGUCCUUUGUCUCUGUCGUAUCGCUGUGCUGUUUGGUUCAUUCACAACCCAGGCACUCGCUUUCAAAAGGCUUUUAAACUUCAUAUCAACCUUAAUCUACUGUAUUAUCCUGUGAGUCCACCUCUGGCGCAGAGUUGAAAGUCCACAGUAACUCUGUGAAAACUCAACGAUCUGCAUUGGACAUAUUGCACUUGUAGAGCAGAACAACGCAAUGAAGUACUAAUAUGUUUGUGCACAGUAUUUUAUAGGAACAAUACUUUUCCAGCAGUCAAUGUGCAGGUUAAUACACUGGAGCGAGAGCAGUGUAAAGUGAUGUUCAAUUUCCAUUUUUCAGGGUGGUGGGGGGGGUUACAAUAUGAUGGUACUCUGUGGUGUAACUGUACCCAUACAAUGUUUAAUACUGUAUCUUACUACAGUUGCUUAACAGUGCAAACAGAGACACAAAGAGGACAAUAUUACACCAACACAACACAAAGGUCAAAAGCAGCCUUUUCCAAUCCAUGUUUCUUGUUCAAAAUGACAAAACAAUCUUUGUUAUCUACAUUUGUUUCCUGAUUCCUAAAGUUUACAUUUUGGUAGUUGAUAAAGAUUUGCACAUUUAGGAAAGAAAACUGCUGUUCUACAACGCUAAUAUUAGUAGUAGUAGAAGAGAGAGAGAGUGAGAGAGAGAGAGAGAGCAUGAUGCCAAACUGCCAAUGAUCCUUAAAGGAAAAAAAACAUGUCUUAAAAUCAAAAAGCUGUUCACCGAAAAGGCAGUAUUAAAAGAAAAAAAUAGAAGCAACUGUUAUUUAUCUCAAGCUCAGACAAAGAUGAGUUUGAAAAGUAUGGAAAGAAACAAUGUUGGGAGAGUUGGGGUGUUUUUAUGUUCGUACACUCAGUAUGUUCUCACAGACCCGUUGGGACUCUGGUUAGACGUCACAUCAGACGCUGUCGAGUGAAUGUCCGCUGGGUAGCUGGCCCUUCCCUAACCCUGCAUAAAGCCCUGACAGGAUGUUGUGUUCAAAGCCCGUCAUCCCCUCCAAACUCUCUCCUCUUACGUUUCAUGCAGAGCAUGAUUUCUCUGGCUCGUCAGGGAGUAGGAACCAUCUCACAAUGCUCACAACAGCAACCUGUUUUCAAUGCUGUCUUAAACAAGAGAAGUGCCUUGUGUAUGAAUGAUUCUUUUGUAAGAACAAGUUGAUGUAAAUGUUUAUUUACCUCAAAUGUUUACAAAACUGUUACUAAAUAAAUUUUUUGUACCAUA